UAAAAAGAAUCUUGAAGAAUUUUUGAGAGAGAAAUUUUUUUUCUAACUUUGUGAAUAAAAAUCAAAGCGAACCAAACGAACAAAAGAAAAAUAAAGUGACGAACAUUUUCCGAAGUGGUUAGAAGUUUGAGAUUUUCUUUAAAGUCACCCAAACCAAGUUCUGAAUAACAAUUUUCUUAUUCGAAACAUUGUAACACACGCACAUCUUCAAUACAACACAGCUUCAAUUUAUUGUGCCGUCGUUAUUUCAUUGGGCAAUCGUAAAGAUUGUUUUCACUAAGAACAUCAUAAAAAAACCGUCGUAGGCAUGUAAAAAAACUUGCAAGAAAGGAAAACGGAAUUCAAAUAAUCCUGAUAUUCAAAAGCAACGGAAACAACAGCACAUCAAUAUUUCUUGCAAAUUUAGCAAUGUUUAAUGGGAUCGACGCUACACCAGCACCAUCCAUAGUAGUCAUUCAACAGCACAUGGACCCCAAUUUUCAAUUCGUUCGAAUAUAAUCAUCGUACUCCACACUUCUCCAGUCGUCUUUUUUUUCUUCGUUCAUUUGUUAAUGUGUGUCUGGAAAGUUUUAAGUGAAUAGCCCGUUGAAUUAUUAACUAUACAUUCGGAUUGUGAUUCAAAUCUUUAAUUUAUUCAUGGCUUCAAGCUAGAUCGAAAGAAAAAAUCCGAAAAUUCAGAAAGACUUGUAAAAAUCAUUGUAAAGAAAAUUAUUUAAUUUUGCAAGCGAAUGCAUGCCAAAACAUACAGUGAACAAAUAUAAUACAGUGAAUGUGUUUCUUUUGUUAAAGUUUUUCGCUGAUAUGAGCGCAUUUGUUGUUUGUUUGUGAAACAAAAGAACGAAUCUGUAAGAACGAUAUAGAUUAACAUUGAAAAAGUAUAAAAAAAAGAAUUUGCGAACAAUUUUUUUUGAGAAAGAUUAAGUGAAAAUAAUCAAAAUGCAACAUCAUCCUGGUUCGGCGUGGUAUAUGCCGUGGGGUGUGCCAUUACAAAAGAUGGCAUUAGCUGUUCCAUUUCAUCCAACAGUUGCAGCUGUUGGUUAUCAUCAUCAGACACAACAGCCAGGAGUUCAAGUUGCCGCCGGCCCAACCACACAGCAUCAACAGCAACAACACACACCGUCACAUCAUCAAACUUAUCAAACUCAUCAAAUGCAUCCAGCUACGGCAGCCCUACAUCAACAGUUACAGCACCAUCAUCCGGCAGCCGCCGCAAUGUUCACACCACUAUCGUUGCGAACUUUUAUAAGCCCGACACCGAAUCACAUGAACUUAGGUCAACAGGCUUUAACAAAUGUUGGAUCGUUAGUGGCGGCACAACAUCAACAACCCCAUCAACAAAUGCCGCCAACACAACAGACCCAAGCCCAAACACGUCAUCAUCAAGCGACCAGCGGAUUGCCACCAACCACAAACAAUAAUCACACAUUGCAAUCGCACUCAAAUCAAUCGCAAUUAAAUGCAAUCAACUUGAAUGUAGGAUGCGUUCCGUUGCGACAACCAUCGGUAAAUAAUCCAAACGGUGGCGCCAUGAUGAUUCCAGUUCAAAAGAUUCUAAUGCCAGACAAAGAGAAGACAAAACUUGUGGCGACAUCAACCGAGAAACGAAAAGCAGAUGAUAUCGAAAUAAAGGAUCUGAAAAAGGCAAAACUAGAGACCAAAGCACUUAAAGCGAAGCGGCCCGGAUUUACAGACGAACGAUACCAUGAAACUUCUUAUUACAUAGAAAAUGGCUUACGAAAAGUUUAUCCGUAUUACUUUACGUUCACGACAUUCACCAAAGGUCGUUGGGUGGGUGAGAAAAUUUUAGACGUAUUUGCACGUGAAUUUCGCGCUCAUCCAGCCGAAGAAUAUGAACGCUGUAUCAAGGCUGGAACAUUAACCGUUAAUUAUGAAAAAGUGCCAAUCGACUGCCGAUUAAAACAUAAUGAUCUGUUAGCAAACAUCGUGCACAGACAUGAAGUACCAGUCACUAGUCAACCAAUCACAAUCGUGCACAUGGACGAUGACAUUGUGGUUGUUAAUAAACCGGCAUCAAUUCCAGUACAUCCAUGUGGGCGAUACCGUCACAAUACGGUGGUUUUCAUUUUGGCAAAGGAAUUCAAUUUGAAAAAUUUACGAACAAUUCACCGUUUGGAUCGUCUUACGUCAGGCCUUUUGUUAUUCGGUCGCAGUCCAAAGAAAGCACGUCAAAUGGAGCAUCAAAUCCGAAAUCGUCAAGUGCAAAAGCAGUAUAUGUGUCGUGUUGAAGGUGAUUUUCCUGAUGGCAUUAUCGAAUGUAAGGAACCAAUUGAAGUAGUUAGUUAUAAAAUUGGUGUGUGUAAAGUAUCGCCAAAGGGAAAAGAUUGUAUGACAAUUUUCCAAAAACUGGGCUACAAUGGCAAAACGAGCGUGGUAUUGUGUAAACCAAGAACUGGGCGCAUGCAUCAAAUUCGUGUUCAUUUACAAUUUCUAGGAUAUCCUGUUGUAAACGAUCCACUUUACAAUCAUGAAGUAUUUGGACCGUUGAAAGGGCGUGGAGGCGAUAUUGGUGGUAAAACCGAUGAAGAACUUGUUCGCGAUCUUAUAAAUAUUCAUAAUGCUGAAAAUUGGUUGGGAAUUGACGGUGAUUCGGAGCUAUCUCUAUUCAAAACACUGAAAGCCGAAUCGGACGAUGGACUUGGCAGUUUGACUGGAAAAGGCACAGUGUUGAGCGAUGAUGAUUCGGAGAGUGUUUCCCGUGAGGCAUCACCAUGCUCAGAGAGUCCGCGACCGGUUUCAUUGGGCAGCGAAAGUCCGGUUGAUAACAGCAUCCAUGCAGCGGUUAUGACGUCAACAUCAAUGUCGGCAUGUAGUGCCGCCGACCAAGCAAAGGUAACUGUGGCAACACAAACCGGCCACGACAACCCAGAUUUCACAUUCAAUCCCGAUAAAAUGACAGUUGAUAAGCACUGUUACGAGUGCAAAGUACGUUACCGAGACCCAAAACCACAAGACUUGGUCAUGUAUUUGCAUGCAUGGAAAUAUCAGGGUCCUGGCUGGGAAUACGAAACUCCACUUCCAGAAUGGGCAAAGGUCGAUUGGGUGGAUUAUGAGUCCGAAUAGAUGAUACUGAUAAAACGUUUUGCUCGAACAUCAAUAACUUAAGCUACAAAAAUUUUCUUUUAUUUUUUACAUCAUCUUCAACACAUCGGUAAGAAAAAUCGUCCGCAUAAAUCAAUAAAUCGCUUCGGUCAAAUGCAAAUGCGUUUGAAAUUCAAAUACAAAUUUCGUUUGAGACUAUAUUCAGUAGGUAUAUAUAAGAGAUAUAUCAAUCAUGAUAAAAAUAAUACAUAGUUUUGGUAUGGUCACAUUCAAUUUGAAUUUUUACGCGUAUUUCGUAUACUAUAUAAAACAAGAAAAGAAAAAAACCCUUUUUCAAUAAUAAUUUUUGAUCGUAAUGGAAUGUAUAAUUCACACUUGAAUUGAAGAUAAAAAAAAAAGUAGAAUUUAUAGCUAAGUCAAUGUGAAUUUAAAAACAACAAAAUAGCAUGUGUAAUUUCGAUUUGGGCAAAGCUUAAUCGAUCGAGUGGAAUUAUUUAAAUAAAAUGGCUCCUAAGUGUUAUCACCUAAAUGUUAAUACAGAUAUAUGCUGGCUUUGUCAUUUCAUCAUACACACACAUUUUGAUAAUUUUGUUGUUGAGUAAAACGUGAGCAAAACGAACAUAAAAUGAAUAAAGUGAUUUUUGCAAAACAUGAAAAUAAAAAGAAAACUUUAAAAUAAACAUUGAUACAUUUAGAGAGAUUUGUUAAAGAUUUUUUAGCUUUAUAUUUGAUCAUUCGCGUGAAGGUAGAAAUUCGUGGAAUAAUUAUAAAUGAAAUAAAAAGAAAACAACACAUUCUCAAAACCUAGAUUAAACAAAAUGAAAAAAUAUAAAAAAAAUAAAAAAUAAAUAUAAAAAACAGUCCGAAUACCAUUUCAAAUCAAAGAAAAUCAUAUUUUAGUAGAUUAAAACUAACAAAUCAAACCCAUAAAAGACAAUAUAAUUCGAUGAAAGAGAGAGAGAAGGGAAGUAAGAGGAGGAUGCAUUGAAAUGUCAGAUAGUCAGAUAAAAGCGUGUUUUUUUCUUAAUAUAUCGCUUAGUAAAAUGAUAACUUCUCCAUUAGAUUUGUAUGGGGAAAAUUGUGACCGGGUCAAAUAUGACCGAUCACCGUAGAAAUAAAGUGUUUUCAAUGUUUUCACGUGUUUCCUCCCAUUUUUUUAGAAAAUUUCACUUCUUCUCUACUCUGUUUAAAUGCAAACUGUAGUAGCUGUAACUCGAUUGUAUUCCUUGCCGUAAAAUCAUUUCCUUGAAAACAUACCGUUAUUGUUUAGCAAGAAUUUAAUAAAAAAAAAGAAAUAUUUAACAAAAGAUGAAUUUAGCAAUGUAUGAAAUGUAAAUGUAAAUGAAGCGCGCACAUCGGGCAUAUGCGAAGAAAAACAAAUGUUAUGUUUAGUGUCAUAAAGAAUGUGUGUUUUUUUCCUCUGAAUAAAAUGAAUUUUAAACUUUUUAGAUUAUAUAACUCAUGUGAAAUCAUUGAGAAUUCAUUGAUUUAUAUUUUUGUUAUUCAUGCAACAUGAACCGUAUUGAUAAAUCUCGUUGGCAACAAGUCGUGAUCACAUGUAGGCUACUUAUCGCCGAAAUCGGUAGCAGAAAAUUCAUUUGAUUUGUGUUCACACUGGAAAUAAUAUGUUUUAUGGUUGACAGUUGGCAGAGCAAAACAAAAAAAAAAUGAAACUGAAUUUAAGAGGCUUCCACAGAAUAGAUACUUUAUUCUUAACCAUAAAUUUUAAGCGCAUAAUAAUUCAACAUUUAUUUUUUGUUGUUGUAAAACUCAACGAGAACAGUUUCGAUUAAGCGUUUAUUCUACCAAGUGAGGCGAUUAUUACAUAAAUUUAUUUGUCGUGCGUCAAAGCCUCUGUUCUUCCCAAAAUCGACGAAACCAAAUCAAAAGGCGAAGCGCGCGAGAAAGAGAAUCCUUAAGAAGCAAAAAUAUGGGAAUUACAACAGCAAAUAUAUAAAAAAUUGAAACAGCAUAAGAAAAACGAAAUUCAAAUGCGCAAACAGAAGAGAGAGAAAACACAUGCAACUGAAGAACGCGCACAUUUCGAAUAUUCAUUUCAGUUCCCGUUCGUUCGCAUCGUUUCCAUUUGAGUUGGGAGAAAUUUUGUUUUUGUUGUUGUUUCUGUUACUAACUGUAUGUCUGUUUUUCGCCUUUUUUUCAUUUACUUAGCACAUUUUUACGGAAGGAAAUUUUCUGCUAAACAAUAGCCGCGGCGUACGUUUCAUUCCGUUGUCGAGAGAAAUUUAUCGAAAAGAUUUUGCCCGAAUUGUAUAUAAAAUGCUUUUUUCGAUUACAUAUUCACAUGCGUUGCAUACAAAAUUGUGGCUCUCAAUGCAACACAUACGCUCGAGUGCUUUGGCUGCGUGGCACAGCAUUUGCAAAACCAAAGCGAAGAUAUAAUGCUAAUAACGAAUUUAACAAUUUAUGUACAUGUAUUUAUGCAAUCAGUGAUGGUGUCUGUGUGCGUGUCACUUUUGUUGUUGGUCGGUGGUGAUUUUUGUGUUAUACACUGCACCCUCAAAUAUUCUGCAGCAUCUCGGAUAUGAAAAUGCAAAUAAAGCGGCUGAAUGGAAUAUUAGUCGAAAAUAGAAUAUUCAUUGAAUUUUCGUUGUUUGUUUCGCUUUUCUCAUUUGAAUAUUAUUUUUUUUAUUUACAUUCUGUGAACGCAUCAGUUUUUCAAAAAAAAAAAAUCUUUUCCUUUUCGAUUUUCUUCAACACAUUUCGAUACUUGUUAUUUUUUCCCAUUUUGUACAUGAAUGACACGGUUUACGUUUUGCCAUUUUCUCAUUCUCUUGAAGAAACAAAUAAAAUGUAACGAAAAAAAGAAACACUUUGAUAAACGACUCAAAUCAAAUGAGACAUUUAAUCAGAUGCGAUUUGUAAAUAGAUAAUUCAGUUUUUAUUUUUGGUUUUGAUUUCAAAACGUGCCUUGCAAUCAAUUCUUUGAGCGUUGAACGGAAAAUAAAUGAAAAUCAAACAUUUCGAUCGAAUCAAAUGUGAAAUGGGAAUCAUAUAGAAAAUGAUGUAACAAUAUCAAAACCUUUAUUCAAACAUUUUUCUGUUUCUUGCAUUUUUGAUUAUCGCGCAUAAGCGAGUAUGGGUUUGUUUUUAUUUGUACUGCAUAGCAUUAAGAUUAAUAAGAUAAUAAAUGUUU